AUGAGAAUCGACGCAGAGCAAGACCCUCUCCGGAACCUCCACUUGGCCGCCUUAAUGCUCAGAGGCCUGCGAUACUUCUACCAAGAGGCCUACGGAAAAAACGACGAAGCCGACAAGUUCGACGGUAAGGUACGAGUACUUAUGCCUACGAUCAGUCGCAGCGAUGUGAACGUAUUCGAACACUGGACGAACAGCGACCCAGGAGAUCCGAACGUUACUUACGAGCACUUUCUUAUUAAAAAGUGGCACUUCGAAGAAAUGGAAGAGUUAUAUGUGGCACGACAUGGUUUAGAGACACUCUGCAAGUGGAUUGCUUCUGGCUUGCAAGAAUUGGCCAAGGCUUGA